CGAUGUGAUCGUAGAUUGACGCGUGCCCCUGACAAUUCAAAGUCUCGCGCCACAUUAGGUGUUGACGGUUCAGUUCAGCCCAUUGCUGCUUAUCAUUUUGUUUGUUUGUUCGUUUUGUUUUAUCAAACCGUUGCUAAUGGACACUCAGUCGUACAUGGCAGUUCCCCCCGGGGUCGGAAUGGAGGAGAACUACUUUUCUCUGGACGACAUUGUGCUGUCGCACGAGCGGCUUCCCUGUAGAACCGACACAAAGUUCCCCAAACUCGGAUUCCUGGAGAAAUCUGGAGAAACACACGACAUCCCAGAGGGUACUAAGUUGGAGAUGCCUCUGUGGUUGGCAAAGGGUCUAUAUGAAAGAAAGAGGCAUGUGAUCUCAGUGGACCUGCCCAAAGUCUACCGUGAGGGUUGGAGGACGGUGUUUGGUGCUGAUGCCAAUGUGGUGGAUCUUCACAAGAUGGGUCCUUAUUACUAUGGCCUGGGUUCACAAAUGCUGCACUUUGAGAAUGCAGAGAACACAGAGAUCGCACAGUCUGUCCUACAGACGUUUAUCAGUCGUUUCCGACGCACCAUGGACUCAUCCCAAAACGCAUAUAACGAAGACACGUCUGCGCUUCUGGAGCAUCUGGACUGCCUGGAGAGGGCGUUAUUCCGCUCUGGCCAGAAUGGCCUCAACGCCUUCCAGCUGUGGGAAAGAGGUAGAACGUCACAGCUCACUGCCUCCAGCCUGGUUACUAAUUAUCGCAAGAGGAAGAUCACUGAUUUGCAGUCCUGAGCAGCCGAGCACAUUUUGGAGCGAGAGACAGACAGACAGACAAGCUGAGCAGCAAAGAUCAGAGAAAGCAUGAUUUCUGUGUGUCUGUAUGUCUGUGUGUGUCUGUGUGUGUGUCUGUGUGUGUGUGUGUGUCUGUGUGUGUGUGUCUGUCUGUGUGUGUGUGUCUGUCUGUGUGUGUCUGUAUGUCUGUGUGUGUGUCUGUAUGUCUGUCUGUCUGUCUGUGUGCGUCUGUCUGUCUGUGUGUGAGGGAGAGAAUGAGUGUUAUGUUUAAUUAACUUGUGCAGUUUAAAUGACUUUUAAUAAAGAUAAGCCUUUAUUGUUUUGUAGUGAUGGGUCACUUGAAAUAUUGUGCAGUUUUUGUCUUUUAUUAAACACUGGUUUAACAAUGUUACUCUGCAACCUCAGCACAGAGAACCAGCACUAAUUUCUUAUGAGAAUGAUGAAAAUACUACACCAACAAAAAAAAAAAAAGUUCACCAGAAUGAAUAGACAUUUAAUGUGUCUUCAGGUUUUCCUUUAAGUAAGAUACAUGGCCUCCAUUUUGAUCAGUCUCUGCAAAGAAAUACAAUUUAAUUAAAAAUAGUAUUACAUUGAAAUGUCUAUAAAUCAUAUUGUGUUCGGUUUCGUGUUUAUUUUAAGCAAAUCUUUCCUAUAUUGAUUAGAUCACGAUAUUCAUGAAAAUGUCCCUGAAAUAAGAGCUGCGUCCUUUGACCAGCAGAGGGCGUGUUUGUGCUCCUGAGCAGAAGACCACAGUUAAAUGUCAGUUUAAACACUAAAUACACUGAGGCUUCUGUGUUUGUUCAUUUGGGUAAUAGUGACCUUUCAGAAGGGUCAUCUGAGGUUUGUGUAUUAAAGGUGACAUUCAGAUAUUGCCAUCGUUUCCAGACUUGGAAGGGAACCUUGUACAUGCCCAGAUUUUUAUUAGGGUCAAUAAACAAAACUAAUUUCCA